CUUUUUUUCUUCUUUUUUUUUUUAUUUCCCCCUACUCUUAUUUAUUUAUCGACCAGUCAUCUUAUGGAAACAGAAAAAGCACCUAGUAUCCGAAGUAAAGUAGAACAUGAAGUAGAUUACCAAGAAGAUGCUCGUUCGGAAUCUUCCAUUAAUGAAUUUGGACGUGGUAAUGGUUCAUUUUUAACGGCGUACUUCAAUGUCACUUGUGUCGUUGCUGGUACAGGUACGCUAGGUCUUCCUCAUGCUUUUGCUCAAGGUGGUUGGUUAGGCAUCUUGAUUUUAAUGUUAUCUUAUGGAAUGGCUGUUUAUUCUGGUAUCGUUUUGAUUCGAUGUCUCUAUCAUAAACCUGGUCAUCGAAUUCAUGAUUACAAAGGAAUGGGUACUGCUGCUUUUGGUGUUACUGGUUAUAUCAUUGCUACCGCCUUACAUUGGCUCAAUCUUUUCGGUUGUCCCGCUCUUUAUAUUGUUUUGGCUGCUGGCAACUUUAGGACGUUAUUGAAAGGAACAUCUGGAGAAUUGACUCAAACAACUUGGACCUGUAUUAUUGGUUGUAUUUUACUUAUUCCUUCCUUACUUUUGAAAACACUUCGCGAAGUCACCAUUAUCUCAUCCGUUGGAGCUGUCUGUACUAUGAUCGCUGUCUUUAUUGUUUUGAUUGAAUCUCCUAUUUAUCACAACUCUCAUCCUGAUGUUGUGCGUGAUGGUGUUAUCUGGGAGGGUUUUCCUAGUGCUCUUGCUACCAUUGCUUUCUCCUAUGGUGGAAAUAAUACCUAUCCUCAUGUUGAACAUGCAUUGAAAAAGCCUCAUCAUUGGGCUUAUGCCUUGAUUGCUGGUCUUUCUACUUGUACCGGUUUAUACUUUUUGACAAGUAUUCCUGCUUAUUAUUCUUUUGGUAGAGGCGCUCAAAGUCCUAUUUACAAUUCCUUACCUGCCGGUGCUGGUCAAACUAUUGCUAUUAUUGUCAUGACCAUUCACGUUAUUCUGGCUAUUCCUAUCUAUACAACCUCCUUUUCUUUGGAAUUUGAAAAGUGGACUCGUGCUGAUGAAGAUCGUCUUGGCAAGUUUGGUGCUUGGGUUGCUAGAGCUGUGAUUCGUACUGCAACUAUGGCUAUUCUUGUUAUCCUUGCUAUCUUUAUUCCUUUCUUUGAUGAUUUUAUGGGUUUGAUUGGUGCUUUGGCCAACUGUGGUCUUGUCUUCCUUUUACCUAUCCUCUGCUACUUGAAGCUCACCGGAGUACGAAAUAAACCUUGGUAUGAAUUGGCUUUCUGUGCUUUGACUCUUCUUCUUGGUAUUGUCGGUGUGGUCUUUGGUUCCAAAGAGGCAAUCGAAAAUCUUCGUGAUGACUUCAAUCGUUCCAAAUGAACAACCAUCAUCAAGCGACAUGAUAUUGUCUUUUGAUUAUACCUUUUUUUUUCUCAACUCUUUCUCCUCCAUUUUUGUAAAAAUGAUAUAUUUUUAUUUUUAUUAUUUUAUUAUUAUAUUCUCUCCCUAUCAAAUUCUAUUCUUCCUCUCUUUUUAUAGAUUAGUUAUUGUUUAGUUAGUGUAAAUAGAAAAUUGUCUCAUUGUCUUCCUUUUUAAUCAAAUAAAAAUUAUAUACAUUUUUUUUUUUUUAAAAAAA